AGCACAUACAGUGUUAGCCAGCAAUCACUAAUAAAAUUUGAAAGGAUUUUAUACAAAAUAAAAAAAGAAAAAAAAAAAAGAAAAAGAAAAAGCCUCGAGGCAUAACUUGAUGAGAGGGGAUGAAUGAAACUCCCCGUCAACAGCUGUUAUAGCCUUCGCCUCCCCAGAUCACCAGGUUUCAUUUCCGCAGUUUUCUCUCGGGAGGCCCGAUGUAGAUUUUCCAUAGGACUCACCAGGCUUAAGAGCAAGAUGGACAACAAGAAGUCCGUAUACGAGAGGUACACCAAGGAGGCGCUCAUCAAGCGCAUACAAAAGUUGGAGACCCAACUCCAGCACGAACAACGGCAUCAGGUAUCCCAAGAGGAGGAGGAAGGGGAGGGGGAGGGGAAGAGCGGCAGUAGCACCCCUGCGAUCGCCUCCACUCCCUCCAGCCCGCCGAGGAAGAAGAGGGAGGAGCGCAGGAUCGACCCGGCCAAGUACUCGACGCGCCUCGUCGCCUUCAAGCUCGCCUACCUCGGCAAGCGGUACGGCGGCUUCGAGUUUGCCGCCCACGCCAGCCUGCCGACUAUCGAGGAGGAGCUCUGGAAGGCCUUCUGCAAGGCCUGCCUAAUCUUCCCCGAGAACCCCGACGUGGUUAAUUUUGAUCCGUGGGAGUACUCCAAGUGCGGGCGCACGGAUCGCGGCGUCAGUGCCUUCGGCCAGGUCAUCGCGAUCCGGGUAAGGAGUAACCGGCCUCUUGCGCCCACGAAGCCCAAGGCAGAAACAGAAAAUGCGCCGGGAGACGAAAAUGAUGGAGGAGAGGUAAAUGAGGAGGAGGAGAAGGAACCGCGCGAAUUCAACGACUUCUCAGACGAGCUGCCGUACUGCAAAAUCCUGAACCGGCUCCUCCCACACGACAUCAAGAUCCUCGCGUGGUGUCCGACGACGCCGGAGGAGUUCUCCGCGCGCUACGACUGUCGCGAGCGGCAGUACCGGUACUUCUUCACGCAGCCGGCCUUCACGCCCCUGCCGCAGAGUCUCGAGAACCCUACUUUGGCUGCUUCCACCACGAACGUAAAGGGGGGCUGGCUGGACAUCGAGGCGAUGCGGCGCGCGGCCAAGAAGUUCGAGGGCACGCACGACUUCCGCAACUUCUGCCGCGUCGACCCCUGCAAGCUCAACAUCAACUUCGAGCGCAAGAUGUUCGAGUGCGACGUCGUCGAGGUCGAGGACGCCUCCACCGCGCUGCCGUUCCUCGGCCACGACGAGUUCCGCCCCCCCUCAGAAUCCGAGGCAGCGCCGGAGGAGAAGUCGCCAUCGCCCAAGAUCUACUACCUCCACGUGCGCGGCACCGCCUUCCUCUGGCACCAGAUCCGGUGCAUGGUGGCCGUCAUCUUCCUCGUCGGGCAGGGCCUCGAGCCCCCCUCCAUCGUCGACCGCCUCCUCGACCCGGCCCUCGAGCCCCGGCGCCCCAACUACCAGCUCGCCGACGAGUACCCCCUCGUCCUCUGGGACUGCCUCUUCCCGCGCCCCAGCAACCCCGCCCACGCCGUCCCCUGGUCCUACGUCGGCGAGGAGAACCCGCUCAACCAGCACGGCGCGAUGGGCCUCCUCGCGCACACCUGGGAGCUCUGGCGCCAGCGCAAGCUCGACGAGCUGCUCGCGGCCCAGCUGCUGGACGUCGUCGCGGCCCAGGCGGACGUCACGCUGAGGCGGGACGCGAGGGCGCCGCCGUACAUACCGGCUACGGUAAGGGUGUUCGAGGGCGGGAACAGGGAGAGGUUGGUGGGCAAGUACCCGCCGCUGCUGAAGAGGCCGAGGCUGCCGUCGCCGCUGGAGGUGUUCGACCGCGAGGCGAGGAGGAAGGGGUACAAGGAUGCCGCGGACAUGCGGGAGGCGCUGGUUAGGAAGAAGGAGGAGGCUGCGGCGGCGGCGGCGGAGGGGUUGGGGAAAGCGUCGCGAAAUGAAGGAGAGGAGUUGGAGGGACGAGAAAAAGAAAAUGGAAAGGAGGAGGUUGAAUAGAUGGAUACCUGUAGGUUAGAUGGAUAGAGCAACGAAUGAACGAAUACAUAAAUACGAAUCAAAAGCUUCUAAUGCAG